UCGACGCCCUGCGACUUGUUCGUCCAUCGUACAAUAAUAUUAAUACAUUCGUUUGCCGUUUACAAAAUAUUAUAUAAACACGUUCAGGCUCUGUGAAGCCGCGUGUCGGACGCGCUCAUUCAAGGCUCACAGCUCAAAUCGUUUUGUUUACUCCCAUCCAGAUCGCCCGCGGUUCAUCCACGGUGUAUAUUAAGUAUAUACAUAUAUAUAUGUAUAUUGUAUUUUUAAUCCGUUCGGGAUUUAAUCCAUUUCGGGAGUUUGACGAGUCAGCGACUUCGGUGUAGGUAGAUACCUGACCUGCAACAUAUUAAUAACUAUAAUCUUGAGCCUUUUAUACGACACGACCACCGGAGCCACUUAACCGAGUUUUUCUGUCGUCCGAUGCAAUUUUGAAUAGAGCCAUGAGGAUCAUCGGUGUUUUGUUUACCGUUAUCCUUUUUUUCGUACCAUCACGAGGUUUGACGUACAUAGAUGAAGAUGAAUCAUCCGAUAAUCGCAACAGGGAAUUUAAUAUUUUACCAAGUAGGGCGGCUAUUGAACGAGUACCUCAUCAGUUCGAAAGAUAUAAAAUACACGUUCCUGUUCGCGACGCUGUUGAAAAACUGCCAUCGAAAAAAGAUCCAUCGCCCUCAAAAUAUAGACUAGCGUCUGGAAGUGCCAAUGUUUUUUGUCAUCUUGACUCUACACAAUACCACAAAAAUCAAAUUCCUCAAAAUUUGGAAAAAAUAAUUUUGUCGUCUUGUACUCACAUAUUGUUCAGCUCUGCAGACACAAAUUUUGACACCAUUGCAAACAAUUGGUAUUCUAGUCAAUCAAAUGGCACGUUCGCUUCCAUCGCACGUUUAAAAAAAAAAAACCCUUCUACAAAAAUAUUAUUAUUGAUUAACGACAUUUUACCCGAAAGUGUAUCGUUUUCAAAGAGAGAUUUUAUCAUUUCAGUCUCGGAAGUUUUGAAAAUUAGUGGAUUUGAUGGACUAGUUUUAUCUGAUGUUACACCAUCAACUUAUAACGAGUUUGGUGAAGACGAAAACACUAAAGAAGAAUUUCCGCUAUUGAUUGAAGAAUUGGCCAGCGUGCUAAAACCAAGAGGAUGGUCAUUAUCAUUAAUUGUACCACCACUGGAUCAAACGUCAAGAAACUACGACACUAAAAGAAUUGUUCUAAAUUUAGAUUUCAUUAUUCUCAAGAGUUUUGAUUUUCGACAAGAUGAAGAGAAAAUUAUUGGUCAUCACGCUCCACUGUACAGUGCAGUAGAUAGAGAUCCAUCGUCAAAGUAUCGCAAUGUGGAUCAUAUGGUAAAGCAUUGGAUACACAAUGGUGCAGAUCCAAAUCAAAUAAUAGUUGGUGUAGCUUUAUUUGGGAGAAGUUUCAGAUUGACUGACCCUAAAAAUUUCCAACCAGGCUCUCGAACAAACGGGGAUGGAUAUGCUGGUAGAUGGACAAAAACGUCUGGAUUCCUAUCGUAUUACGAAGUAUGUGAUCGCACGAAAAAGGACGAUUGGAGACAGUAUUCGGACAAAUCUGGUUCCCCGUUUGUUGUUAGAAAAGAUCAAUGGAUCAGUUACGAGAACCACCACAGUUUAACACGAAAACUUGAAUAUAUGGAAAAAUUAUCACUAGGAGGAGUAAUGUUAUGGUCAUUAGAUUCAGAUGACUAUAAUGGGCUUUGUGGCACUCCUUGGCCACUUGUAACCACUGUUAAAACAUAUAUUAGUAAUGUUAAUAAAAAAAAUUCAAUGUCAAACGAUCUACGAGAAACACCAUUACAAUUUGAUCUAAACAAAAAAGUGGUAUGUUACUUUGCCAGCUGGUCAUGGUAUCGUUACGGAGAAGGAAAAUUUGCUCCUGAGUAUAUCGACAAAGGUCUAUGUACACAUGUAGUUUAUGCAUUUGCUUCUCUAGACCCCAAUGAUUUAACAAUAACAUCGGGAAAUGAAUGGGAAGAUUUCGAGAACAAAUUUUAUGAAAGAUUGGUGUCCAAUUCAAAAUCUGGAGAUAUCAAAGUUAUGAUCUCAAUGGGUGGUUGGACAGACUCGGCCGGUGACAAAUAUUCAAAAUUAAUUAGCAGUGGAACUUCGAGGAGAAGUUUUGUAAAUUCUGCUGUUGCGUUUUUGAGAAAAUAUAAUUUUAACGGUCUUCAUCUGGACUGGAAUUAUCCUGUGUGUUGGCAAGCCGAUUGCACUCAAGGUCCAUCUUCGGAUAAAACUAAUUUUGUUAAACUAAUACAAGAGCUUAAAUCGGAGUUCAAUAAACAAGACCCACCGUUUGAAUUAUCAGCUGCAAUCUCUGGUUAUGAAGAAAUUAUUAAAGAAGCUUAUGACUUUCCAAGUCUAAGUGAAUACUUAGAUUUCAUGUCUAUAAUGACAUAUGAUUAUCAUGGAUCUUGGGAAAAUGUCACUGGACACGUGAGUCCGGCUUAUUACAAAGAUGGCGACGAAUUUCCUAAGUACAAUAUGGAUUCCACCAUUAAAUUAAUAAGAAAAUUGGGCGCAGAUCCGUCAAAAAUCGUAGUUGGUCUUCCGUUUUAUGGUCAGACGUACACAUUGUCAUCGAAUUCAGAACACGGGCUUGGUGAUCCAGCUAAAGGAUCAGGAUAUCCUGGCGAAUAUACACAGCAACCAGGAAUGUUGGCGUACUACGAAAUUUGUAAUAGAGUUUCUAAUGAGAAAUGGCAAGUAUCAAGGGAUAAAAAUAGUGGAUUUGAUCCAUAUGCGUAUGAUGGAAAUCAAUGGGUCAGUUACGACGACGAGAUAUCUAUUAAAUUAAAGUCCGAAUAUAUAGUGAAUCAAGAACUUGGUGGAGCUAUGGUUUGGACAAUUGAUUUAGAUGACUUUAACAAUAUAUGUUGUAAAGGUUCUUAUCCAUUGCUGACAAAAGUUAACGAAGUGUUUAAAAGGAUUCCAAUUAAAUCAUCAAAUUUGAUAUGUAAUAAACCAGAUUAUCCAACUACACCGACUUAUCAGAUUCCUACGACUACCGAAGAAGGACAAGGUUCUUGGGAAGAACAAUCGCCAUCAACAGUAUCAACAACACAACCUACUAGACCGACAACAAUAUCGACAACACAACAACCUACUAGACCAACAACACAAUAUAUAACUAAACCACAAACCCGACCUUCAACAACAACCACUACUACAAGUACAACCCCUCCAACCACCUCAACUACAACCACAACUGAACCAAAUAUUGAUGAAGUAAUCGAAAUUGAACAACAGACAACUCACAAGCCAUCUGUAAAUCGUCCUUGGUGGUCCGAGUACCACACUCAAAGACCAGAGCAACAAGAAAUAUGCAAACCAGGAACGUAUCAAUCUUCUAAAGACGAUUGUCAGAACUAUUAUCAAUGUAAAAACGGACGUUAUAGGAAAUAUGCUUGUAAAGAAGGAUUGCUGUGGAAUAGAAAUGCUAACAAAUGCGAUUCGCUAAGAAAUGUUAACUGCAAUGAACCCACCAAUUCUCAAAUUUCUGAAGUGACUACAACAACAACUACGACACAAAAACCUGUCACGACAUCAAGACCUAUAACAGUUAGACCAACCCCUACGUGGCGACCAACUACAACAACAGGCAGACCGAUUACUACAUGGCGGCCAACGACAACAACAGCCAGACCGAUGACUACAUGGAGACCAACAACAACUACAAAAAAAUAUAGAAAUUGCGUUGAAGGUGAAUAUGUAGCCGCCAUUGGUGACUGUACUUCAUACUUUGUAUGUUCAUACGGUUAUUUCGUUAGACAGUUUUGUUCCGCUGGAUUGGCCUGGAACGAUAAAAAGAAAAUGUGUGACUGGAAAUAUAACGUGUAUUGCAACUACCAACGUUCAAAUAGUAUAUUUACGCACACCAGUAUGUUAGUCAAAUCUUCGGUGGAAUGUCAAGAUGGUGAAUUCGCAUCUCAUCCAGGGGAUUGCAACAAAUAUCUACAAUGUUUAUGGGGAAAGUUUAAAGUUAACUCAUGUCCUGCUGGUCUCUAUUGGAAUAAUAAAUUCAGACUUUGUGAUUGGCCAAUGAAUUCUGGGUGCAUGCCGUCUCAAGAAAUUAACACUUACCCGACCGAUGAGCCUGACAUUCCAUCAUUCCCUAGUCAACCGCCAAGUACUGAACCAACCACGAAGCCGACUACUUCGAAACCAAUAAUAAUAAAGCCAACGACUUUGAAACCAACAACACUGAAGCCAACGACUUUGAAACCAACAACACUGAAGCCAACGACUCCUACUUCUACUACUACUACUUCAGAAUCAACUACAGAAGAAAACUAUAUUCCAUGGAAGCCAACAACUGGAGUUCCUACUACGGAAGAUCCGUGGGCAUGGAAACCUACCACUACAACUGCCGCAACUCUUCCCACGACCCAAUCGAACUAUCAUUUGACGGGACAGUAUAAAGUUGUAUGCUAUUUCACCAACUGGGCGUGGUACCGACCUUCGCCAGGUAAAUUUUUCCCAGAAGACACGGAUCCAAAUUUGUGCACUCAUGUAGUGUAUGGUUUUGCAACUCUGGAUUACACAGAACUAGUUAUUAGAGUAUUCGAUUCAUGGGCAGACAUCGAUAAUGGUUUCUAUGAACGAGUAGUAGCACUCAAACGACGUGGGGUCAAAGUUUCUAUUGGUUUAGGUGGAUGGAAUGAUUCAGCAGGUGAUAAAUACAGUCGUUUGGUCAAUAAUCGUUCCAGUCGCAAAAAGUUUAUAAACAAUGUACUCGAUUUUAUGCACAAGUAUGGUUUUGAAGGUCUUGAUGUUGAUUGGGAAUAUCCGAAAUGUUGGCAGACUAAUUGUGACCAAGGCCCAGAUUCUGACAAAAAUGCAUUCUCCAAUUUUUUGAUUGAGCUUAAACAAGCUUUUAAACCACAUGGAUACUUAUUAUCUGCUGCUGUUUCUCCUAGUAAAGUAGUAAUAGAUUCGGGUUACGAUGUGCCUAUAUUAAACCAAUACUUAGAUUGGAUUGGCGUAAUGGCUUAUGAUUAUCAUGGUCAAUGGGAUAAGAAAACUGGUCAUGUUGCACCAAUUUAUAAUCAUCCAGAAGACGAGAUUGAGUAUUUCAACUUGAAUUAUACUGUCCAUUAUUGGAUCAAGAAGGGCGCGAACAGUAAGAAAAUUGUUCUCGGGUUUCCAUUGUACGGUCAAUCAUUCACGUUAUCUAAUCCUAAAGUGCACGGUUUAAACGCACCUUCAUCUGGUGCAGGAGAAGCUGGUCAAUUCACGCGAUCUGCUGGAUUCAUUGCUUACUACGAGAUUUGUCGUAAACUUGCCUCCGAGCAAUGGACUAUUGUUCAAGACCCACAACAUAGAAUGGGCCCAUAUGCAUAUAAGGGUAACCAAUGGGUAGGAUUCGAUGAUGUAAAAACAGUAGCACAAAAGGCAGAGUACGUGAAAUCUAUGAAUUUGGGAGGCGCUAUGAUUUGGGCUUUAGAUUUGGAUGAUUAUCGAAACGUAUGCGGCCAAGGAAAUUAUCCACUACUCAGCACUAUCAUGAAGACACUAGGCCAAAAACACGGUAAUCCACAAACUACUCCGAUGAUACCUGUAACAAGUAAACCGACGACAUCCAUGACUACGACGUCAUCGCCGCACUACAACACUUCAACGACCGAAGUGUCUACGACUACACAACUGUCACCGACAAGACCAACAAAACCCUCGUAUGCGAAGCCGACGACGACGACGAAGCCGACGACAACGACGACGACUACGACUUCUACCACGACGACCACGACACCGAAACCCACGACGACCGUGAAACCUCCGUCCGCGGAAUACUUUAAAGUCGUUUGUUAUUUCACCAAUUGGGCUUGGUACAGACAUAGUGGCGGAAAAUACUUACCCAGCGAUAUCGACCCGUCGCUUUGCACACACAUCAUUUACGGGUUCGCUGUACUGGACAACGACGAACUGACCAUCAGGGCGCACGACACUUGGGCGGAUUUCGACAACUUUUUUUACCGCAAAGUGACGGCGCUCAAGAAAUUCGGCGUCAAGGUGCUGUUGGCGAUCGGAGGUUGGAAUGAUUCGGCCGGCAGCAAAUACAGCGAGCUGGUAAACAACCCGUUGGCGAGAAGCAAGUUUGUGGAACACGUAGUCGGCUAUUUGAAGCAAAACGAUUUCGACGGACUAGAUUUCGAUUGGGAGUAUCCAAAGUGCUGGCAGGUCGAUUGCAAGCGGGGCCCGAAAAGCGACAAAGAAGGGUUCUCGAGACUAUUGUUGGAACUGCGAGAAGCGUUCGACAAAGAAGGUUUCCUAUUGUCGGCGGCCGUGUCGCCCAACAAAGUUGUAAUAGACGCGGGUUACGAUGUGCCACUACUCUCGGCGACGUUGGACUGGAUAUCCGUGAUGGCGUAUGACUACCAUGGACAAUGGGAUAAGAAGACCGGGCACGUGGCGCCCAUGUACUCUCAUCCCGACGAUUUUGACAUGACUUACAACGCCAACUUCACGCUGUACUAUUGGGUGAACCAAGGUGCGGAUCCCCGUAAACUCAUAAUGGGUAUGCCCACGUACGGUCAGUCGUUCUCGUUGGCAUCCAGCAAGAACAACGGUUUGAACGCACCCACCUACGGUGGCGGUGAAGCGGGUGAUGCGACCAGGUCCCGGGGAUUUUUGUCCUACUACGAAAUCUGCCACAAAGUGUUGAAGCGCGAUUGGCAACUGGUCCAAGACCCGCUGGGCAGGAUGGGCCCGUACGCUUACAGUGGCAACCAAUGGGUGUCGUUCGACGACCAGGACAUGAUCAGAUUCAAAUCCGAAUUCGUCGUUCGCAAUGACCUCGGUGGCGCAAUGAUAUGGGCGUUGGACUUGGACGAUUUCAAAAACGUGUGUGGCUGCGAAACGUAUCCAAUGCUGAAGACCAUCAACAGAGUGCUGGGAAGGUUACCAGGUCCGGGACCAGACUGCUACUUGGACCAAGAACGAAAUGACUUGGACGGAGUCGUCAUCGACAACAGUGACGUCGGGUACGAAGAGGAACUGGGCAGAGGGCAGUGCACCGAACCGCUGUUGAAAGGUCACGGGACGGACUGUAACAAAUACGUGAUUUGCGAGUUUGGGUCGUUGCUCGAACAGUCUUGUCCGUCCAAUUUGUACUUUAACAAGAUGAACAUGCUGUGUGAUUGGCCCGAAAACGUCAACUGCACCCAAAAGAAACGUUUGUCAUCCUCGCACAGACAACUGCGUUUAUUACAUUGAUGAAUCUCGAACCUCGUAGAACUGGCACACAUCGGUUAAUUUAGGUCUACCUUUUGAAAUACGACGAUUAUCAUAUUAUACCUAAGUCUAAUUGCAGUACACCAUACAAUUAAACUCUACAUACUGUCCCUCUGUGUUCUCUUUGUCCGUUUCGUUAUACCAAACAAUCUAUAAAGGCGCAUUGCGACACGGAUUAAUGAGACAAGUCGCGUGCUCGUAUUUAAUUUUAAUUUUAAACCAAAAUUAUUGUAAAUAAUUAUGUUAUAUGAGUAAUAUUAUUUUUAUUAUUGUAAAACGAAAAAUUACACGAUUAAUGAUAAUCAAAAUUAUAAAAUGUAGGUACCUAGGUAUAUUAUAAAAAUUUAAAAGGUAAAAACUAAAAACACAUCUUAAAUUUACACAACAUUAUUUAAAACUCGUGUUAUUAUUAUAAUAUUAUUAAUAUUAUAUUUCUGUUUCGUCUGAACACUGACUGAUUCGUAACGAUAUAAUAUCGCUUCUGCCUUCUGGGCCCUGACGUAUUGUUAUAAUAAAAUUUAUAAUAAUUUUAUUCCUCUAUAAAGUGAUAUUAAUUAUUAUUGUAUGUAAUAUAGUUCUACCAUUGUGA